ACCCCCACAUAAACAGCUGCUGUCGCCUCCCAGCGCACGGCUGCAGUCAAACUUCAGGUGAGGAAAAAAUCAGAGCAGAAGUCAUCAGGACAGCAGGAUGGCCACCGAGCGCAGCGGGACGCCGCUAGAAGACAGCGAUCAGCUGCUCCCAUCAGACCCGGAGCUGGGAGGUCACAUCCCGAAGAGGCAUGCCCGGGUCACCGUGAAGUACAACAGGAAGGAGCUGCAGCGGCGGCUGGACGUGGAGAAGUGGAUCGAUGAGAGUCUGGACCGGCUGUACCGGGGUCAGGAGAGCGACAUGCCAGAGGAGGUGAACAUUGACGACCUGAUCGACCUGCAGACUGAUGACGAGCGAGUCCACAAGCUGAAGGAACUUCUCCAUAACUGCAGUAACAACACACAGACCUUCAUCAAGGAACUGGUGGAAAAACUCGUGGGAGUUCAUAAGCAGAAUGAGCUGCAGAGCGAAGGCAUUGAACAUCCAAUCAUCUGCCACAGUGUCCACCGCCAUGAGCCCUACCACUUCCACCACGCACAGCCCCACAUCCACCACACGCAACGCCACAACCAGAGUCUCUGAUGAGCCCAUCCAGGUUCAGCUCGCAGACAAACAGACGUUGGACCAGGCGGUUCUGGGAUUAAUAUUGAUUCAAAUAUACUGACCCAGUUCCAAUGUAUGACUCUGCUGCUGAGUCAGGCUUACUGAGUAGAAAGGCAUUAAAACAGAACCACCCAGCCUAAGAUAGAAGGGAAACAGAACCAAACUAAGCUAAGUAAUCCAACUAAGCAGUAACCCAAUAUCUUUAAUGAUUAAAAAGUAAGACUAAUUCAUUUAGCAAUUAUGACUUAUGUGUUAUCUUUUGUAUUAAUGUUCAUUCUGUCUCUAACACUAAUGGACUCAUAUAUUCCCCAUUGAAUGCCCUAAAAAAUAGCAGAAUCUGUACUUCUUAAAGGAACUAAGUGGUUACCUGAGGAAACUCACCCUUUGAUCUUUAAGCCCCAUUUACACUACCCUUUUAAAACUGUGCCGAGAUCGGUCCAAGCACAGUAACCAAGAUACCUGUUGAGUGUAAAUGGCAAUGGCAAUGUAAAAAAAAAACUGAACCAGACUGUGCCAGAUACAACUGAACCUCACUACACUAGUUCUAGUUCAACAGUCAGGCUUGGCGCGGCUCAGUUCUGGCUCAGUUCUCUGAUAACAAAAAGCGUAUGAGCAGAAUGCGUCAUCUCCUAUUUACAAUCAGCUUACAGUAGUUGGUGGUAACGCACAUUGGUAAGUUGCUUGCCACCUGCCGCAAAACAGAACUGUAAACAACAAUCGAAAUCUUCUCAACACUACAUUUUGUAAAAUAGCUUCAAAAGAGUGUGGUGCAACUUGGGAUUACAACAAGACUGAAGCUAUUAUUUUGAUUUGGGCAAACAGCGCUAUACAGGGAAUGUUGGACAGAGCAAAAGUCACAAAGCUUUCCUACUAGAGAGCAGUAGUACUGUAGAUUGACACUAGGAGGCGAGGAACCGUGCUAGCUUGAUGUGUAAACAUUCGUAAGGAACCAAGCUCAGCAUACUUAACUGUUCAGAGCUCGGUCCGUACUCAGCACAGCUCAGUUUUCAGAUGGUAGUGUAAAUAGGGCUAUUGACUUCCUAUAUUAGAUCUAAAAGCUCCCAUUAUUUUCCAACCUCAUGGACCAAUUGUUCUUGUUGCUGCUUGUCACCAAGUGAUAACUUUAAUCAGUAAAUUAGAAGGGAAAGUAUUUGCAGGUGGAAGAGCAGAGAGUCUGGAUUCCUGUUGGAUGGUCUGACUGCUUGCUGCUGUUUAGACCACAGACUUAGUCUACCAUAACGUUUCUGAUGGACUAGACUGAAUGUCUCAGCCCACUGCUUCUCAGCCACCCAUGACCCAACAACUUGUUCUCCACUGUUCCUUCAUCGGACCUUGUAGACACAUGGUCCACUGGAGACCAGAAGAACCCCACCUGAACUGCUGCUUUGGAGGCUUGCUGAAAAAAUGGCUACUUCCGGCCCAUCAACAGAUAUCCUUAGAUUUAAACAACUUCUAUUGUCAUUUUAUAUACAGAGUAUAUAGAGUGUCUACAAAACAAAAUUUCGUACAGAUUUCCAGACAGUAAAUGAACAUUCCUACUCCUAACAUCAUCGUGUUGCUGAUGUUAUGUCUGUUGGGUGUUUAACAUUAGAUGAAAUUUGUUCAGGAUGGCUGAUUGAUGAUGAGCUGUGGUCAAAAACAUCUAAUUAGAUCAAUCCAUGGAUAUGGAUAGGACAUUUUUCAAAUUGUUACAAAUAUUUUUAACUGCUCCUGAACUCUAGCCUUUAAUAAAUAUAUUAU